UCGGUCAAAGGAAGCAAAAGCGAGUCAGACCCCCGAAUGUAAACAUGGUGACAGGCAGAUGAGAAAAGCACCAAAAUGGUUUUCGAAACCCUAGUGGUAGACGUCCUCAACAGGUUUCUGGGCGACUACGUCGUCAAUCUUGACACCUCGCAGCUUAAACUCGGCAUCUGGGGAGGUGAUGCGGCACUUACAAAUCUUGAAAUUAAGGAGAAUGCUUUGAGUCAGCUUGACAUUCCCUUCAAAGUGAGAGCGGGACACAUAGGACGACUGCAACUCCAGAUUCCAUGGAAGAACCUUUACACCCAGUCCGUGGAGGCCACACUAGAUGGCGUCUAUCUGCUCAUCGUCCCAACAGCAAGUAUCAAGUAUGAUGCGGAAAAGGAGGAGAAGCAGCUGCAGGAGGCGCGACAGAGGGAGCUGCAAAGGAUUGAGGAGACCAAGCUGAAGGUCGCUGAGCAAGAGAACCCCACGGUGGAGAAGCAGGACACUUUUGUGGAGAAGCUCGUCACUCAAAUCAUCAAAAAUGUUCAAGUCAAGAUCUCCAAUAUUCACAUUCGCUAUGAGGAUGACGUCACCAAUCCGCGUUGCCCUUUGUCCUUUGGUGUGUCUCUUAGCAACCUUAGCCUUCAGACUUGUGACGAGGACUGGAAACCGACUGUCUUGGAUGAGAACGCAAGGCUUUUCUACAAGUUGGUUCAACUAGACAAAUUGUUUGCCUACUGGAAUGUCAACUCGGUGCUCUUCUCUAAUCACAGUCCAGAUGAGGGUUUGCGGUGUCUCCAGAAUAGCCUGGACCUCAAAGGCUCCUGUCGUGCUGACCAUGAUUUCAUUUUGCGUCCCAUCUCGGCUGGAGCCAAGCUUUGCAUGAAUCCUAAAUCAGACAUUGACUUCUCGUCUCCUAAAGUGGACCUCAUGGUCAAUCUCAGCGAGGUGGCCAUUGAGCUUAAUCGACCCCAGUACAUCAGCAUCCUGGAGCUACUGGGUUCAGUGGAUUUGAUGUCACGUAACCUACCAUACAGGAAGUACAAACCCGAGGUCUUAGUACACAACAAUGCCAACAUUUGGUGGACCUAUGCCAUCAUGAGCGUCUUGGAGGUGGACGUCAAGCCCCAACUCCACAUGUGGUCGUGGCACCACAUUCAGCGGCACCGCAAGCUAGUGAAGCACUACCGCGAGCUCUACAAGAUGAAGAUCACCAGCAAGAAUCCCAGCGAGGAGCUACUCAAGGAGCUGAAGGAGCCUGAGAAGACACUGGAUAUUUUUAACAUCACUCUAGCCAGACAGCAGGCUGAAGUGGAGGCAAGUAAAGCUGGGCUGCGUAUUUACCGUCCAGGCUUGAAAAUGGAGGAAGAGGAGUCUCAAGGGUGGAUGAGCUGGAUGUGGAACUGGGGCACAGAGCCUGACACUGAAACAAACGAGGUUAAGAGCCCAGGAGGAGGCUUUGAUGAGCUGUUAACCUCUGACGAGAAAUCCAGGCUCUACACUGCCAUCGGAUACAGUGAGACGGCGUCCAAUUCCAUUUAUCCAAAGGAAUUUGAGGACUUGAGGGUAGAUUUCCACAUGGAAAGGCUAAGUGUUUCCAUCAAAGACAGCAAGGACAAAGAUGAGAUUGUCAAGCUGACUGUCGGAGAGCUGAUGUCCACCCUGACGCAGAGAUCUGGAGCUCAAGCCAUCAAAUUCACAGCCCAGCUCAGUUUGUUUGAGAUCACAGGUCUGGCAAGUAGCCGGCCUGCUCCCACCCUGCUAUCAUCCAGGACGGUCGGAACGGGAAUCCCGCUGCUCAGCCUGUUUUUCGAGACUAACCCUCUGGACCAGAGUGCCAAUCAGCGGCUCUUUGCUGAAUCGCAGCCGCUGGAAAUAAUCUAUGAUGCUAUGACAGUGAAUGCCAUGUCGGCAUUCUUCAGGCCACCUGACGACCUGGAGCUGGACGAACUCACCAAUGCCACCCUGAUAAAACUGGAGCAGUUCCGAGACCGCACAGCCACUGGUCUAAUGUAUGUGAUCGAGACGCAGAAGGUGCUGGACCUGAAAGUGAAUAUUUUAGCAUCUUACGUCAUCAUCCCCCAGACGGGCUUUUAUGACGGCACUCAGAACAUCCUGCUGCUGGAUCUCGGACACUUGCAGAUGUCCAGUCAGAGCAAAAAGCACCUUCCUCAGCUGUCUGCAUGCUCCAGCAAAAUCGAAGACAUCAUGCUGAGAGCUUACGACAGGUUCGACAUCCAGCUCAACAACCUGCAGUUUCUUUUUAGUAAACCAGACGGUGACUGGAAAAUGGCUCGCAAGCAGAAGCAGUCACUGCUCCACAUCCUGGAGCCGGUGGAUUUGAAAAUGGAGUUCAGCAGGGCCAUGGUGGUUAAAGACUCACGCAUGGCAAAAUAUAAGCUGUCUGGAGAGCUCCCUCUGCUCUCCCUCCGAAUCUCAGAUGUUAAACUUCGAAAUGUUCUGGAGCUGGUGGACAGCAUCCCACUGCCACAGUCAAAUCCUGCCCCUCCCAACGCCGGCAUGCCCCCGCAUUCAAAGCCCAAACAGUUCACACCACAGCUGUCCACAAGGAGACAUCUGCAGUUAGCCGACCAGCGCUCAUCUCUGCUUUUUGAGUCAUGUGAGACCAUCAGCCUUACUUCACUCGGGUCUGAAGAAGACUUGUUCUAUGACGCUCCCAGCUCCCCGAUCACAGGGCAGCAAUUCUUCGCCGACAGUCCCAUGCCACUGCGCUACGCUGACCUGAACAGACAGAGGAGUCUCGCCCAGGAGGAACGUCAGAAGAACAUGACCGACUUUCUCAUGACGUUUGAAAUUAGCGAGUUCUCUGUCCAGUUGUGUCGCCUGGCUGGCAGCUGCCAGGAAGUGGCGGUGCUCCAAUUGGAGGUGGAGGGCCUUGGCACCGAGCUGAAAAUGUGCUCCUUCGACAUGACGUCCAACACUUACCUCAAGGAGAUCUGUCUCAAGUGUCCUGAAUACAAAGAUUCCGAAAGCAAAGAAAUUCAGUUGAUCACUACUUUGGAUAACACAGAGGUCGACAUGCUCACACUGGAGUAUAUAAAAGCUGAAAAGAACGGUCCUGAGUUCAAGUCCUUGCACAACAACACAGAGCAGCUAAUCAAGGUGACCUUCUCAUCGCUGGAUGUUAAUCUGCAUACAGAGGCGCUCCUCAGCACCAUGAACUACCUCAAUAAUUUGCUGCCGCAGUCCACCAAAAACGAGGAGAAUGGGCAGGAGGAGCUCCCCACCAUCCCGGAGGCAGAGAAGGAGGAGGCUACUGUUGCCAAGAGAAAAACCCCGAAAAAUUCCAAGGCCGCGGCCAUCGUCAAUCUGCACAUCAGAGCCGAUCUCCGCUCUCUGAAGGUUUACAUUCGAGGGCAGAAAGCCAGGAUAUCGGAGAUCAAAAUCGAAGGUCUGGUUUCUGAGGUUCUGAUGAGGAAGCGAGAGAUGAAAGUCCUGGCCAAUCUGAAGAACAUCAUUGUGUUUGAUUGUGACGAAACUGCCUUCUAUAAAAAGGCAGUGUCGAUAGCAGACAGGGAGGUGUUUGCCUUCCAGAUGGUCAACUACACGGGCGCAACUGAGGGCGACUCUUACCUGGACAUGUCUCAAGUUGACACCUCGGUCACUUUGACGGUGGGAUGCAUCCAGGUCAUCUUCCUCAACAAGUUUAUGUCCUCCAUUCUGACGUUCAUAAACAACUUCCAGGAGGCCAAGGAGGCUCUUGCCGAGGUGACCCAGCAGGCAGCUGAAAAGGCGGCGUCAGGCGUGAAGGAGUUGUCGGAGCGCAGCACGCGCAUCGCUCUCAACGUCCACUUUAAGGCGCCCGUCAUCUUUGUCCCACAGUCGUCCUCGUCCCCCAACGUCCUGGUGGCUGACUUGGGCUUUCUCUCGGUCAAGAAUCACUUUGCCUUGCAGCCCUCGAAGAGUUACCGCAAGAUCCCGCCCGUUGUGGACAUCAUGGAAGUAAAGCUCACAGACCUCAAGAUGUACAGAACCACAUUCAUUAAUGGAGUAUUCCGGGGAGAAACCAACCUGUUGCAGCCAAUCAGCCUGGAACUUGAGGUCCAGAGGAAUCUUUCAUCCAACUGGUACCACACCAUCCCCGACAUAGAGAUGACUGCUCAUCUUAUGCCGUUGAAUUUGAUCCUGAGCCAGGAUGACAUGGUGGUUGUCUUCAGGACUCUCAGUGAAAACCUCACAGAACAUUCUGACACUGCCACUACGCCAGCUACCACUGAAGACUCAACACCUGACUUGGCACCCCGGACCUCGGGAAGCACGGAAAAAGCCAGCAGCAACACAGUGGUGACGGCGGCCGUGGUGGAGACUCAGAAGAACAUCAGGCUGAAGACUAGCAUGAAAGUAGACUUCAGGAUUGACUCCAUGGCGCUGGUCCUGUUUAAGCCCAGUGGAAAUGAGCUUCUCUUUUUGGAGCCACGAGAUGAUAAGAUGAAACUGGGCGAGUUCACCCUGGGCACCAUCUCUACCUCCAUCACCAUGUACUCUGACAGCUCCAUGAAGGCCGCCGUCCGACUGUCCACCUGCCUCCUCGAUGACAAGAGGCCGAAUAUCAAGACGAUCAGCCCGAGGAUGAUGGCCAUGCGUCCCGGAACAGAAAAUAACAUGAUGGUUGAGGUCAACUACCGGCAGAGCCACGACGGCACCACCUUGGACACAAUCGUGCAGGAUGUUUACCUCUGCGCUAGCAUGGAGUUCCUCCUCACUGUGGCGGACAUUUUCCUUAAUGCCACUAAGGAGGGCUUCGCUGAGACACCGCAAGCCAAGAAUAACCCAGCGUCGGGAGAUAAAAACAACGCACCUGCACAGCCGAAGGAAUCAAUUCCUGCUCCGGCCAGCGUGUCAAAGUCGGAGAUCAACGUUGUGGUGCGAAACCCGGAGAUCGUGUUCGUGGCCGACCUGACACGUGCCGAUGCCCUGGCCUUAGUGAUGACCACGCACUGCGAGUUAAACAUCAAAAACGAUGCAGAGAGUUCAAAGAUGACUGCCGUAAUCCAAGACCUUAAGGUGGUGGCGUGUCCUUUUCUGAGGGAGAAGAGGGUACACAACGUGACCACAGUUCUGCAGCCGUGCCAGGUGUUCUUUCAGAGUGCUCAGUCACCAACAUCUCCACAAGCUAUGGAGAUCUCCAUCAAUUCUCUCUCGUUCAAGGUUUCUCCCAUCAUCAUCAAGACGGUCAUCACCAUACAGUCAGCCCUGACUCCCACCACAGAGACCACAGAGAAGCUUGAGAGUCCCGUUCCUGUGGACAUGUGGUCUAAACGUGACUGGAAGGAUCUGAAAUUGUGGUUCUUGGAUGAGCAGGGAGAAGCAAAAACGCAAGAAGCAGCCUCACUGAUCCCACGGGGGGAGUCACUUAAGUUGGACAUCAAAUCAAUCUGUGUGACGUUGGAGGCUGGAGUGGGACACCGCACCGUGCCCAUGCUUCUGGCAAAGUCCUCUUUCCAAGGGGACGUCAAAAAUUGGUCCACUCUUAUCAACUUGCAGAGCGAGCUAAAUUUAGAGGUCCAUUACUACAACGAGGUGGUGGGAGUGUGGGAGCCAUUGCUGGAGCCUUUAGAGGAUGAGACAAGAGAUGGUUUCCGACCCUGGCAACUCGAAUUCAAGAUGAAAACGAAGCCAUUGAAGAAUGUUGGGUGGGCAGAUGAGGUGGACUACAAUGUCCCAGACUACAAGACUGUCAUUAUGAUUAGCAGCAAGGACCAGCUGAACAUCACCCUCUCCAAAUGUGGACUUGCCAUGCUGAGUAACCUGGGCAUGGCUUUUGCUGACGCUGCCAAGGAGACAGCCGGAUGUUUCCAGAAGGACGAGCCUCCGUUUGUGGUGAAGAACCGCCUGGGCCUGCCCGUCUUCGUCCAGUUCAGCGACAUGUUUUCCCCCGUCGCAACCCACAGCAACGACCACACCAUCGAGCUGCAGGACGGCCAAACACUCGGGAUGGACUAUUCUGUAACCACUGAGUCAGACCAGUUCUCUGCUAUGAUCUCCCUCAGUGAAAAGGACUACUACAUACAGCCAACUCCAGCGGGCCACACGUCAGCCAGCAUGAUCCCCCUGAUCAAGGUGGGACGGAGAAUGUACAGCGUCAUGCACGAGGUGUCUGGAGUCACCCGCUUCCUGGUGUGUCAGGUAUAUUCUGUGGAGAGCAGCAAGUACAUCAAGAUCCGCUCACCUUUCCAGAUCAUCAAUCAUUUCUCCAUCCCCUUUAAAGUGUUUGAUGGCUCGACGUAUUUAGGUACGUCGUUACCAACAGAAGAGUUCUGUGUGCCUCUGGACUCAUACAGGUCCGAGCUGAACCUCCAGCCGGUCACGGCGGACGACGGCGACCAGUUUGAGUGCUCGGAGGGCUUCAGCUACGAUGACAUCAACCUCCAGCAGCCCAAGAUGCAUAUUCAGCAGAGGUGCCACCGCCGCGGAAACCUGGGCGGCGAGCUGACGGUCAACAUCGUGCCCGUGAAGGACGCGGUGACGUUCAAGGACACGGGCAGCGUAGGGCACAACUUUGACGUGCCCUUUGUACUUCACCUAUGGCCUUGCGUCCUACUCCGCAAUCUUCUGCCUUACCCCAUCACCUACAAACUUAAUGACAGUAGCGAGUGUGCCCCAGAGUCCACGCUGGAGCCGGGCCACUCCGCCCAGCUUCACACUGCCGUCAUCAACCAGUCCACCCUGGACCUCCGCCUGAUUGACUACAUCGCUCAAGACUGGUCUGCUCAGUACAGCCUGUGCAGCGAGCAGGAGGAGAUCGCUUUCAUUGUGUUUGAGUCCCUACGCGUGGAGGAAGAAGAGGACUACGGCGAGGGGACGGAUAGGCGGCGGGCCGAGCUUGACAUAGCCGUGCACGUCAAGUAUGACCAGGGCCAGACAGUGGUGGCCAUCCACUCACCGUACUGGAUGGUGAACAAGACAGGAAGGCUGCUGCAGUACAAGGCGGACGAUAUCCACCGCAAGCACCCGCUGGACUACGAAAUGCCACUGCUCUUCUCCUUCAAGCCUCGUUACUUCCUGAAAAACAACAAGGUCCGUCUCAUGAUCUCUGAGAGUGACCUCUCCGAUGAUUUUUCCCUUGACACCGUUGGCAGCUACGGAGAUGUGAAAUGUAAAGGCCAAUAUAAAGAUUAUCUGGUGGGAGUGAAGAUCGACAGGACCAGCUUCAGUCUCACUCGCAUCGUGACCUUCAUGCCGUUCUACAUGCUGGUCAACAGAACUAAGCAGACUGUCUUGGUAUGUGAGGAGGGACAGGAGAGCUGGACCGCAGUCCCCCCUGAACAGUCCGCCAUUCCGUUCUGGCCCGAAAAUGAUGCCAAGCUUCUGAAAGUGAAAACAGAAGGUUGUCUGUCCCCACCUCGUACCAUCAACUUCACACGUCCAGAGAACUGUUUAUUGCUGCACUUGGACAACACUAUGGGCGGGAUCAUUGUAGAUGUCACCGUAUCGGAGCACUCGGCCACCGUCCGAUUCUCUGACUACCACGAUGGUGCAGCACCAUUCCUCAUCAUCAACCACACCAAAGAGCAAGCCUUGCAGUUCUAUCAGAGCAUACAGACAGAGUCCCCAUGGGUGCCCAAUGAGCUGCUGGACCUCUCUUUCUCAGUGGAGGUGGAAAGCUCUCAGAAGGCAACAGAAGUAGAGGAGGUGGAGGCUGGGAAAGCCGUGCACUACACCUGGACCGAGCCCACGGGAUCCCGGGAGCUUUGCUGGAGUUGCGGCAAAUACAGUGGGAAGCUGAAGAGCGAAGAGGACCUUCGUGAAGACAUGGGGAAGGAAGGCAAACUUUUUGUUAUCUCCUUUUACGAAGGUCUCCAGCGUGUGGUGCUGUUCACCGAGGAGCUACGCAUCUACAGGUUGCUGUGCGAGAGCGAGAAGGCACAGUUAGCCGAGCAGGAAAUCAUGCUGUCACUCUACAAUGUGGGUUUGUCCCUGGUCAACAACAGCAGCAGCCAGGAGGUCUCUUUCAUCGGGAUCACCAGUUCGGACGUGGUGUGGGAGCUGAAGCCCAAGAAGAAGAACCGGUGGAAGCCUUUGAGUACCCACGCAGCUGAGAUGUUGGAGAGACGCUUCAAAGAGUACAUAGACUCUGGACCCAUUGACAAAGCCAUCGUCCACCUCGACAACAGUUUGCAGGUGUGCUUGUCUCCCAAUGGCACGGAUAUGCGGAUGCUGCAGCCGUGCGACGCUCCUCUCAGAAGGCAUUUCCUGCCAGGCGUCAAGGUGGAGUACAGCGUCUCACCACGCCAGUGCUCCUACCGGGUCCAAAUCCACCACAUCCAGAUCCAAAAUCAGCUCUCUGGAGCCAUCUUUCCCUACGUUUUCUACCCGGUAAAACUUCCAAAGUCCGUCACCAUGGAUGCAGAACCCAAGCCUCUGACUGAUAUCAGCAUCGUCACAAGGGCAGCAGGCCACUCUAACAUCUCCCGCAUUAAGUACUUCAAGGUGCUGAUCCAAGAAAUGGAUCUGAAACUGGAUCUGGGGUUCCUCUACGCCAUCCUGGACCUGUUUAGCCCAGAAAACGCUAGUGCCACAAGUGUCCAACAGGAGGUGGAAUUGUUUGAGAAGGACGUGGAGUACAUGAAGACAGAGCUGAACCACGUUUCCGCCGCUGAUACAACGCCCAUUAGCCUCUACGAGUACUUCCACAUUUCCCCCAUCAAGCUCCACUUGAGUUUCUCUCUGAGCACGGGCGGUGAGGAUGGCCUGAAGGAGAAGCGGGAAACGGAACUCAUACCUGUCCAGUCACUCAACCUGCUGCUCAAGAGCAUCGGAGCGACGCUCACUGACGUGCAGGACGUCGUCUUCAAGCUGGCUUUCUUUGAGUUGACCUUCCAGUUCUGCACCACCCAGCAGCUCCAGUGGGAAGUCAUCAGGCAUUAUUCCAAACAGGCAAUCAAGCAGAUGUACGUACUGGUGCUAGGCCUGGACGUCCUGGGAAAUCCCUUCGGGUUGAUCAGAGGGCUGUCCGAGGGAGUUGAGGCCUUCUUCUAUGAGCCCUAUCAGGGAGCAAUCCAGGGGCCAGAGGAGUUUGUGGAAGGGAUGGCCCUCGGAGUGAAGGCUCUGGUAGGAGGAGCUGUAGGGGGCAUAGCGGGCGCCGCCUCCAGGAUCACGGGCGCCAUGGCCAAGGGCAUGGCCGCCAUGACGAUGGACGAGGAGUAUCAGCAGAAGAGGCGAGAGGCCAUGAACAAGCAGCCCGGCAGCCUCAGAGAGGGUCUCGCCCGGGGCGGGAAAGGAUUGGUUUCUGGAUUCGUCAGUGGAAUAACCGGCAUCGUCACCAAACCUAUUGAAGGAGCACAAAAGGAAGGAGCGGCGGGCUUCUUCAAAGGCGUCGGGAAAGGCCUUGUGGGGGCCGUCGCCAGGCCUACCGGAGGCAUCAUCGACAUGGCCAGCAGCACUUUCCAAGGCAUCAAGAGGGCGGCGGAGACGUCGCAGGACAUCAAAUCCCUGCGGCCCCCUCGCUUCAUCCACGAAGAUGGCGUCAUACGGCCGUACAGGCAGAGGGAGGGCAUCGGAAGUCAGAUGCUUCAGAAAAUCGAGAACGGUCGUUUUGUUAAAUACCGUUACUUUGCUCACGCCAAAGUGAACGACUCAGACUUCCUCAUGAUCACUAAGAGGGGCAUUUUCUUCGUGACCACGGGCACGUUCGGCCAGCUGAUCUGCGAGUGGCAGUACUUGUUUGACGAGUUUACCAAAGAGCCCACCAUCGUGGAGAACAGACGGCUACGUAUUGAGGCCAAGGAGCGAGUCAAGUCGGUAUUCCACGCCAAAGAAUUCGGCAAGAUCAUCAACUUUAAAACACCUGAGAUUGCCACGUGGGUUCUCGCUAAACUGGAGGAUGCCAGGGAUACUUUACCCAAAUACUGAAUGAAAACAACACAACACACACACAUGGAAAGUCCUUAGGGCAUUUAUUCCUUAUCCUUGAUAUUCAGCUCAAAUGGCUUGACACACACACACACACACACACAAAAGCUCAUGUCCAUCAGUGCCUUUGUUUGUUCCCCUCACCUCAUGCGCGCGUUCGGCAUAAGUGAGUUUUUUCCAUCGAGUUAAAUCUCAAGUUUACCAACAAACCUUUUGUCCGCUCUGACUUUUAACGUCACACGCUCACUGAAUGACUCAUUUAAUACUCAGCGAGACAUACAGUGUUUUUUUUUUUUGUUGUUUUUUUUUGUUUUUUUAUAACAUACAUUUUCGCAAGCUAAAACUCUGGACUGUGUGAGUAAACGAGGCAUGCCAUUUUUGUAUUGAUCUGCUGUAUAUUAAUAUUGUAUGUAUAUACAUAAAUAUAAAUAGAUCAAUUCACAUAAUAGGCUCAAUAGAAGCAGAGUUAAAAUGUUAUGUUUGAUUUCAUCACCGUCCAAUGACAAGCAUCUCUGUAUCGCCAAUUUUCCAAAUUCUUUUUUUUUGUUUUGUUUUCACAAAUCACAAAAUCUGGAUAUACAGGCUUUCAUUUUGUGCCUUUUCUUUGUGUUUUGGGGAUAAAAACAACUUGCAUUUUUUAAAAGUAAAAUAUUGUGUUGGGGUUUUUGGGAUAAAAACUGAAUAACUCACAAAUUUUAUGAUUCAUGUUUACAUUUUUUUUUUGUCAUCCUCCCAAAAAUAUAUUGAUUUUUCUUUUAAAUUUCAGCUAAAACUAUUUAUUUAUGCGAACAAAGUUGGAAAAAAUAUUGCUAAAUUUGGAGAUACAUGGGGAGUCUGACAAGAUUGGACAGCAAUAUUUGGAAGUAAAUGCUUUAAUUUGGUGAGUUGUUUGUUUUGAUCAGAAAAGCAAACGAAGCUUGUUUUUUGUGAUUAGGACGAAAACUCACUAAUUUUGGGGGACACAUAGUAAAAUAUAAAGUAAAGAUAGUGUGAACCAAUAUAAAGAAAAAUCUCAAAAAAUCUGUGACUAACUUUUUUUUUUUUGAAUUUUCAAAAUGUAAUUCACAAAAUUUGGAAAUCAUAAAUUUUGCGAGAUUAUUGUUUUCAUCAAAAACUUGAAGAAUUUCUUUAUUUUUGUUAUUGUCGUGUUAGGCCCAAAAAAAUAUAAAAUCUUAAAUUUUGUGAGAUUUUAUUCAUCCAGAAAUACUUUUUUUCAAUUUUUUUAUUUUGUAUUUAAAAAAAAUCUAAGCUUUAAUUUUGUGAUUUAAAAAAAAAAAAAAAUGAAAUGACUUUUUUUUCCCUCAGAUAAAAAUGAACAAACUCACAAAAUUAGAUAGCCAUGCCUUAAUCCAGUGAAUUUUUGUUGUUGUUUUUUCCCACUUUAUUUUUAAAAAUGCAAAAAAAAUAAAAAUAAAAAAAAACUUUGGCGAUACUGUACAUGCUUCUCAUUGGAUAGUAAUGGUAUGCAAGACCAACCAUGUUAAUAAAAGAAAAAAAGUAUAUUUAAAAGAAGGCAAUGCUAAUUAUUACCACUUUUUUUUUCUUUUUUAAGAUUUUUGCUUUAUUAUAUUUUGGGGCUGGUGUAUGUUUUUAGGUAUGCAGUGCUGUGGCUUCUUCAUUUUGUUCAAUAAAAGAAUUACCAGUGUG